AUGCCCCCAGAACACCGCAAGAACGACCGAAAGUUCGCCCCAUUGUCCCCGUCCCCGUUCGUCGAAAUAUCCGACGAUGAGCUCGUCACCAUCUCCGUUCGAGACCUGAACCGCCAACUAAAACUGCGCGGCCUAACCAGAGACGACAUAGUCCGCAUGAAGCAACGCAGACGUACCCUCAAAAACCGAGGCUACGCCGCUUCGUGCAGGAUCAAACGCAUCGAGCAGAAGGACGAGCUCGAAACGGAGAAAACGCAGGAGUGGAGGGACAUGGAGACCAUGCAGGACGAAGUGCACAGCAUGAGGGACGAGAUGAACACUAUCAAGCAUCGAUACGAGGCUCUUAAGCAAUUCGCCAUCAACAACAAGAUCCCCAUACCGCCCGAGCUCGAGAACAUUUAG